UAUGUUCAAGAGUAACUCCAACAACCCUCAGGGCUAAGGGCCGAAAGGAACAAAGCGAAAUCGCUCCAGAGAGAGAGACCGCUUGACGGCGGAACAUCCAGCGCUUCGGGAGAACCAAGUCAGAUUUGGAUGGGUUCAUAUCCGUAUGGUGUCUCUCCCUUUUUAGAGCAGCAAUGGAGGGAAGAGGUUCUUUACCUCCACUCUCUAUGGCACAAGGGACCUCCUAGAAAUCCUAACCUUAAACCCAUUUCAAAUAAUCUUGGUUCUUCCAAUUCUAUUACACAUAAAAUCAAGUCAAAUAAUCUUGGUGCCUCCAAUUCCACCACAUUCAAGAAGUGUAAAAGCAAACAAAGGGUUGCAAAGAAAAAGAAAGAUCUUAAACCUUUAGUUUCGGAGGUUGAGUGGCCAUGUGGACCAGAUCCCGAGCCAUGCCAGGAGACUGGCUGGCCUGAAUUAACUCCCAAAUCUGAUCAAGCCACCAGGCCUGCUACUGCAGAAGAACAGGCCAAAUUCACUGCACUUCACUUGCAACAGAAGGGCUUGAAAGCUUGCCAAGAUUUUUUCUCAAGCAAGGUUUGUUCAGAUGAUGAAGAGGAGGAAUUGAUGGAUGAUGAUGUUGCUGAAUCUGAAGAAUUCAAGUUUUUUCUGGGGCUUUUUACAGAUGACAGCGAUUUGAGGAGUUAUUAUGAGAAGAAUUGGGAAAGUGGGGAGUUUUGUUGUUUGGUUUGUGGUGGAUCUGGGAAGAAGGUCUGGAAGAGGUUCAAGAAUUGCGUUGCACUUGUUCAACACUCAACAGCAAUAUCAAAGACUAAGAGGAGGGCAGCACACCGAGCAUUUGGGAAGACUAUUUGUCGGGUUCUUGGUUGGGAAAUUCAUCGACUUCCGAGCAUUGUUCUGUCCUUGGAUGGGCCUCUUGGUCACUCCAUGGUCAAAGCAGAAUCUGAGGUGGGUUUAAAGGAGAAUAGUGCUCAAAAGGGAGAUCUUCACGAGAAAUUUGUAGACCUUGUCGAUGAUGAUGAUGAUGAUUAUGUCUAUGAUGAUGCUGAUGAAGAUGACGAUGACGAUGACAAUGGCAAUGAUGAUGACAAUGAUGAAGAUGAUGAUGAUGAUGGGGAGCUGGAUUCAGAGGACCACAGCAUUGGUGUCCAAAAGGAAGAUUUUCAAGGCAAAGUUGUAGACUCUCAGGCGGGUUCAAAGAAAGACGAAGAACUUCAUCAAAAGGAGCUUAUGAGUGAAACUGUUGAAAUGAAAGGGGCAUAUAGAGAGGAAGAGACAGAUUGCAGGAUGAGUAAAGAACAUGUUGCUGAGAAUCAAGAGAAAGAAGGCCUUCAAGAUGGAUUGUAAACUCUGCGGAAACCAGUGAAGGGAAAUCAAUGAAAGAUUUGC